AUGCCCUGCGGCGGCGGAGCAGAAGCCAAAGCCGUUGAGGCUUCCGUGGACGUUCGCGGUGCCCGCCUGGCUAUGAGCUUUCCCUGGUAUGGCAGCCCCUCGAACCGGAGCGUCCUGGGCUCCGGCGCCCACAGUGUCCUGGACAUCCUGGUGAUGGUUUUGUACCUCCUGCUGGUCCUGGGCGUCGGGUUGUGGGCUGUCCUGUCAAGCAGUCGUGGGACAGUAGAAGACUUCUUCCUGGCCGGCCGAAGUCUAGCGUGGUUGCCGAUAGGUGCUUCUCUUUUUGCCGCAAAUAUUGGCAGUGGCCACUUUAUGAGCCUGGCUGGGAAAGGAGCGAUGUCAGGGAUCGCUGUUGGGGCCUUCGAGUGGAAUGCUCCACUUUUGCUCUGUGUUCUUGGUUGGAUAUUUUCUCCUAUUUACAUUAAAGCUGGGGUGGUGACAACGCCAGAAUAUUUGAGGAAGAGGUUUGGUGGCUACCGGAUCCCGUUCCUCCUCGCUAUUAUGUACUUAUUCCUCUAUAUCUUCAGUAAGAUCUCGGUUGAGAUCUGCACUGGUGCCAUGUUCAUGAGGCUGGUCUUGGGGUUGAAUGUUUACCUGGCCACCAUAGUCUUGCUGACAGUUACUGGCGUUUAUACCAUCACAGGUGGUUUUGCAGCUGUGGUUUACACUGAUACCUUACACGCUGGCAUUAUGGUUCUGGGGUCGGUCUUGCUAAUGGGCUUUGCCUUUAAGGAAGUGGGAGGAUACCAGGAGCUACUGCAUAAGUACAUAGACGCUAAGCCAAGCAUAAUCCAUGAAGGAAACUGGACUGCCAAGCCAGAAUGCUACAUGCCUCGCUUGGAUUCUUUCCAUAUCUUCCGAGAUCCCAUCACUGGAGACCUCCCCUGGCCUGGAAUUGUCUUUGGUGUCUCCACCCUCUCCUUGUACUACUGGUGCACCAAUCAGAUUUUUGUCCAGCGGUGCCUGGCAGGGAAGAACAUGUCUCAUGUGAAAGGCGGCUGUAUCUUUUGUGGGUACCUGAAGCUGCUGCCCAUGUUUAGCAUAGUGAUGCCAGGAAUGAUCAGCCGUGUCUUAUACCCAGAUAAAGUGGCGUGUGUUGUACCUUCAGAAUGUGAGAAGCACUGUGGCACCAGAACUGGUUGUAACCCCAUUGCCUACCCAGUGGUGGUGGUAGAGCUGCUGCCCAAUGGUGUACGCGGCUUGAUGCUAUCCACAAUAUCAGCCUCUCUCAUGUCCUCCUUGACUUCUGUUUUCAAUUGUGCCAGCACCCUGUUCACAAUGGACAUCUAUACCCGAAUGCGGCCUAUGGCCACUGAAAAGGAACUCAUGGUAACAGGAAGGUUUUUUGUUAUAAUCUUAUUUGCUGUCACCAUCGCCUGGGUCCCUGUUAUGGAAACAGCACACAGUGAUCAACUCUUUGAAUACAUGCACGCAGUUAUGAGUUACCUGACACCACCCAUUGCUGCCGUCUUCCUGCUUGCCAUCUUUUGCAAGAGAGUCACCGAGCAGGGUGCCUUCUGGGGGCUGACUGGAGGACUCCUACUUGGCUUCUUUCGAAUGAUGUUGGAGUUUGUCUACGGACCCUGGAGCUGCCCGGCAAACAGCAAGUGCCCUCUGGUCAUCUGCAGCAUGCACUACCUCUAUUUUGCCAUCAUCCUCUUCGUAGUCAGUCUUUUCACCAUGCUGGGGAUCUCCUUAUUCACAGAUCCAAUUCCGGAUAAGCAUCUCUACCGGCUCUGUUGGAGUUUACGAAACAGCCAAGAGGAAAGGGUCGAUCUCGAUGCAGAGACACAAGGGAAGAGACCCGCACCCCAGGCACAGCCAGGUGAGAAGGAAGAUCCAGAGCCUGCACAGAGCUGCCUCUGGAAGGCAUGGGACAUGUUCUGUGGCCUGGAGCCGCGGCCGAGCCCCAAAUUGGUCCCAGAAGAGGCAGCCGUGGAGAAGAUAGAGCGUGGUGCCACGUCUAAAGGGACAGAACACAGUGCCAUGUGGGAAGGGACAGUGCGCCAUGACACAUCUGAAGGGACAAUGCACAGUGCCAUGUUGGAAGGGACAAAGCGCCGUGAAACUUCUGAAGGGACAGAGCGCAGUACCACAUGGGAAGGUACAAAGCAAGGUGACACGUGGGAAGGGACAAAGCGUGGUGACAUGUCGGAGACGCCCUUCUGGAGAAAAGUUGCCAAUGCCGGCGCAUUCUUCUUGAUAUUGAUCGUAAUCCUGUGCCACAUCCGCUACUCCUAAAGCAGCUGGGGCCCAGGGGCGUCUGGGAAGA